GCAUAAAUUUAUUACUCGUUAAACUCAGAAAUAAAUAUUUUCAAAAAUGUCAGAGCCGAAUGUGAAGAAGUCGAAUUUAAAAGAUCGUGAUCGAUAUUCUACACGCUCUUUAGAGAGCCGCCAGGGUAUCUCAAUCAUAGGCAGCGAUGGAUCUGGUUUAGUAGUCGAUGAUGAUGCAGACACCAAGUCACUGCAUCCAGAAGCUUUGCCGGCUAGAGAUGUAACCAUUACCAAUGCGUAUAACAUAGGCCCAGCAUUUGGGUGCAAGUUUCCUGUACCCCAUAUACGCUAUAUGAUUGAUCGUGUUUUAUAUGACAAGCUACGCGGCAAAACUUACACCGCCGCCGAUGCCGUUAAAUGGGUGCGUGAAGUGGCCGAUGAUGUUAACUUAAAAAUGAAGGGUUAUUGUGUGCAGCCGCGUUAUAAGCAUGUGGUUAAUGUAAUUAUUUAUCAGCAAAAUGGUGCUGGUUGUUUCUAUGGCGCCCGCGCCAUAUGGGAUCUACUAACUGAUGAUUAUGCUAUGACUACUUUUAACGGUAAUACUUUUAUGUGUAUUGUCACUGUGUUUGGUGUUUAUCAAUAUUAAAUACAAUCGAAA